AUGGAUUAUUUUUUAUAUAUAUAUAUUUUUUUAUUUUUUUUUGGUUCCAUUGGUUUUUAUUUUGCAUUUUGUUAUGGUAAAAUCAAAUUAAACAAAUCGAUCAACAAAUGCAUCACCAAAGAAGAGAGUUGGGAAAAAGAGGACAACCAACACGAUGAUUCUGACCAAUUAGAAGAUUUGGUCAAUUCAUUGGGAGGUUUAAGUAUUCAACCAGCUCCAUUGAGUGAAGAAGAAAAGGCCACUGAAGAAUUUCUAAUGGAAAAUAGAAAGUUACAAGAAGAAAUACUGUCAUUUAUAAAUAGAGCUUUAUUCUAUUCCGAGUCAGAAGAAUCUGUUGACUAUAUUGGUCUCGAAUCAUUCAAAAAAGUUUCAUCAAGGAAUUCAGAAAUAUUCACAUCAUUAUCAACUUAUAUCUCAAUAUGUAAUCUAACCAAAAAUUUGGGUUUUUGUCCGCCACAAUCUUCGAGGUAUCCAUCAUUAUGA